CAAAAAUAAACACAACUUUCCUCUCUUCUCUGCGUCAAAACGUCGUCGUUUUCUGUCAUCCUCUAUUCCUAAUCUGCUUCCCCGCCUGCGUGACUGUUUCUAGGGUUUCUCCGUUCUCACUCCGCCGCACAAUCUCUCCAGCUCCGCCGCCUUAUCCUCUCUCCCAUCUCACCAGCCGUAACCCAAUUCGGCAACUUCUCAGCUUCUCCUUCCCCAAAAUCGGCACAGAUGAGUACUGUAUUCAGCGAAGAGAUCCUAAUCGACAAGCUCGCGAAGCUCAACAGCACUCAACAAUCCAUCGAAACUCUAUCGCAUUGGUGUAUAUUCAAUCGGGUCAAAGCCGAACUGAUCGUGACGACAUGGGAGAAGCAGUUUCACAGCACGGAGAUGGCUCAGAAAGUGCCUCUUUUGUAUUUGGCUAAUGAUAUUCUCCAGAACAGUAAGCGUCAGGGUAACGAGUUCGUGCAGGAGUUUUGGAAUGUUCUUCCUAAGGCGGUUAAAGAUAUUGUCUCUCAGGGAGAUGAUCGUGACAAAGGCGUCGUCUCUCGUUUGGUGAAGAUAUGGGAAGAUAGAAAAGUGUUUGGAUCACGUUCGAAGAAUCUUAGGGACGUGAUGCUUGGAGAAGAUUGCCCUUUGCCACUUGAUGUCAGCAAGAAGCGUCCUCGUGGAUCCAAAUCCUCAAAACGUGAUUCAAAGUCGUCCAGAACGAAAGUAUCAAGUGGAGGAGGUGUGGCUGAGAAGAUAUCAUCAGCAUAUCAUUUGGUUGUUGCAGAAAACUCGAAUGAAGAAGCUGAGAUGAGUAAAUGCAAGUCUGCAGUUAAACGUAUCAGGAAGAUGGAGAAAGAUGUUGAAGAAGCUUGCUCUACUGUGAAAGACAACCCUAAGAGAAAAUCACUGGCGAAAGAAUUGGAAGAGGAAGAAUACCUUUUGAGACAAUGUGUUGAGAAGCUUAAAUCUGUUCAAGGAAGUAGAACUUCCCUUGUUAACCAGCUUAAAGACGCACUACGAGAACAGGAAUCUGAACUGGAGAAUCUUGAAGCUCAGAUUCAGGUAGCACAAGAACAAACAGAGGAAGCUCAAAAGAUGCAGAAACGUCUCAAAGAUGAGGAUUAUGUAUCAAAACCACCAACCAUUGCUCCGGGCUCAGUCUCUGCAACUGAGACAACUGAUAACAACAACAGCACUAAGUCUGGUCAAACAUCAAAGAUGACGCCUGCUUCUAUAGCAGCGAUGCUCACAGCAUCCACCUCAUCACACAUGAUCAUGCAAUCUGUUCUCUCUUCAUUCGCAGCUGAAGCAACAAAGACUUCUGGUCUAUCCAAACCAGAGAGCACAGUUCCCGUUUCAGACAGUAAUGCUUUUGUUCCUUCUUACAACAACCCCCAGAACCAGACACCUAUAACACAAGGUCAAGGUCAGUACCACUUGAUCUCUAAUCCAGCAGCACCACAACAGUUUCUAAAACAGCCGGUAAUGAACAAUCCUUAUGGCUUUGGUAACAUUCCGUUAAUGCCACCUGGACUCCCGCCGCCUCCACCACCACCCCAUAUGCAACAGCCUCAGAUUCCUCAGUCGAACUCAGCUCAACAACAACAACCUCAACAAGGUUCAACUUUCCAGCCACCGGGAAUAAUGUAUUAUGGAGCUCCACACCAUUCUUAAAAGUUAGAAGUUAUGUUAGUUAGAUAGUUGUGACCCUUUUUAUCUGCGGAUAUGUUGGUUUUGAUGUUACAUUGUUGGGUCUUUAAAGCGGAAAAAAUGUUCCUCGUGUUGUAGAAACGUUCACCUUUCUUAUAAAUAUUUGUACUAUUGAAAA